CCGCCGCCGCCGCCCGAGAGCCGGCCCCUCAUCCUUCCGAGCCCCCGGCCAUGCCCUCCCGGUCCCCACCGCCGUCUCCGGGCGCGAGGGAGUGGCCCUGCGGCCGGUGCACGUUGAACAAUCCCAUCUGCUCCGACAAAUGCGAGGUAUGCGCGGCCUCGCGCCCCUUGGAGCUCGACGCCGACAACGCCGUCCGCGUGGUGGCCGCCCCCCCGUCGACACCGCUCCGGAGGUUGCGGAGGAAGGGGGAUCGUGCUCCGGCGGUUGUGGAGGUCGAAUCCGCCAGCCCCACCGUCGUGGUCGACUCCUCCGCCUCGCCCCCUCGGCGUUGCGGGAGGAAGAGGGAACGCGCUGCGUCACCGGAUAUCGUCGAGCUCUGCGAUAGCGCGGGUCGAGCCGGGGGUGGCGGCGAGAAUGGGAAGGGCAAGGCGCCCGCCGCCAAGAAAGCAAGUCUUGGGAUUCAUUUGGAUAAGAAGACCUUCAAAAUCAUGACAUACAAUGUCUGGUUCCGGGAGGAUAUGGAACUGAGCAGAAGGAUGGAUGCUCUUGGAGAUCUUAUUAAGCACCACUGCCCGGACUUUAUAUGCUUCCAGGAGAUUACACCAUACAUAUAUCUGCUUAUGCAAAAAUCUGAAUGGUGGCAACGGUACAAAUGCUUGCUGUCACAGGAGAUGUCUAUUCUGAAGCCAUAUUACUGCAUGCAGUUGAGCAAAGUGCCAGUUGAGCCAUCUGAAUGUAUCCCAUUUCCUAACUCAAUAAUGGGAAGGGAGCUUUGCAUCGCAAGUAUUAGCACAGGAGAGAUGACGAAGUUGAUGUUAGCCACAACCCACCUAGAGAGCCCAUGCCCUGCACCUCCUAAGUGGGACCAGAUGUAUAGCAAAGAACGUGUAGUUCAGGCGAACAAAUCCCUGGAAAUUCUGGGACACUGCCGUAAUGCAAUACUCUGUGGGGACAUGAACUGGGAUGAUAAACGAGACGGCCCCUUUCCUCUGCAGGAUGGGUGGAUUGAUGCUUGGGUUGAGCUGAAGCCCGGAGAGGAUGGCUGGACCUAUGACACGAAGGCCAACACCAUGCUGUCAGGCAACCGCAAGCUGCAGAAACGAAUGGACCGGUUUCUGUGCAAGCUGGAAGACUUCAAGAUCGAUAACAUUGAGAUGAUCGGGAAGGAGGCGAUACCGGGCAUCUCGUACUUCAAGGAGAAGAAGGUUCGGAAAGAUUGUCGAAAGAUUGAACUGCCUGUCUUCCCUAGCGACCACUUUGGUCUUGUUCUGACCAUCACCAAGCAGGAGGGUGGCAUCUUCUGAACUAUGGUUACGGUGAUUCUGCAGCAUUAAAGGAAGUUCUCAUGUGUAGUUUUUAGGCAUGUCUUUAUGCAUAUGCCCCUCGAUUUAGGCCUGUCUUUAUGCAUAUGCCCCUCGAUUUUGUAAAUUUUGUGAUGGAGGCAACCAUUUACUAGACGAAUAUGCUAAUGGUGGUGAUUACCAGCUGGCUACUUGAGUGCUGUACUAUUUUUUGCUUCGUUGUU